UUUUCCAAUGCAAUCAGUUGUGACAAUAUGGCGGUUACGCCUUAUAUUAUGUACUUGUCUGAUUUAAAUUAAGACAUACAAUCUAAAAACAGAGCUGCAGUUAUUUGCAUUUAUUAUUCGUAUAAACGACUGUUAAGAAGAUUAUUUUUUUUAUUAAUAAAAACUUCGUGUUUCCAAAUUUUCCUCAGCAACUUCACUAUGGUACCAAAAAUCGACCACUAAAAGGAAACAGAAGAAAAUUUAACAGCAUUUUUUUCAUAAUUAUUUUCAAGUUUUUAAUCUUAAACAAUUGCAGUUUAUCUUUUUUAUUAUAAACUUCUUAAUAAAAUUUAAUCUUGAACAAUUUAUGUAUAUUGGAAAAAAAAAUUCUUCGAAUUUUUGAAAAAAAAUUUAAAGUACCAAUUAAUAAAUAAUAUUCUAAAUACAACGAUUCUAAUAAAAUAAUUGAAAAAAAAAAUUUAAUGAAAUAACAAGAAUAAAAAUCAAAAUUUAAUUACAAGAUUUAAAUUGCAAAAUUUAAAGUAUUGUAAUUAAAAGAUAACAAGAUAAGACAAAUGCCUUAAAAUUUAAAUAUUCAACUGAUAAAAGAUGAUAUCAUUGUAUACAAAAACUAAAUUAUACCACAUAUUGAUAAAUGAUGCUGUUCAUAAGAUUUCUAGCAAAUAUUUCAAAUAUGAUUAACAUAAAAGUCUGUCAUUUAUAAGAAUUUAACUUGUUCUAAAAUUGUGCAGUGUAAUUACAGGAGUAUUAUAAGCCACAUGAAAAGUAUUCUUUAUAUAAUAUCUACAGUUGAAAAUUUUGAAAUACAUGUUAUAUAUUGUAUAUUAUUGGUAUAAAGACAUUAAGUAAAACAGUGAAAAAUUAACUAUAGACAUGAUAAAUAAUCAACAUUGUGUUAUUCUUAAUUCUGGAGAGACCAACAGCUAUCAUCAGCCGGUCUCUGCAAAACCUUCUGUUGUUUCUGUAUCGAGUAUUGAUUCUGAUGUGAGUGACAGAAGAGAUGUACGUGAAGAACUUUAUGCUGGAAUUUUUAGAAGACAUAGAAAGACCAUACUUGUAUUAGGCAGUUUUCUCAAAAUGUUAAGGAAAUACUUGGAUAAAUUGCAUGCUCUAAACCGAGUAUAUGCCUUAAUUGCUUUACAAUUUGAAAUUAUUAUACAACAAAAGUUUUGGUGAAAUGAAAUUUUAAUUAUUGUAUAUUUGUUUAUAAAAAUUUUGAGUUAUUUGAAUAAACGCUUUUAAGAUUUAAAAUUUAUAAAGCUUUAUAAAAAUGUUAUAGUUUGGAUUUAUUUGUAAUUGUUAAUUGUUAUUCAUUAUUUGUUUUUCUUUUCAAUUUUUAUCACAAUUUUUUUUAAAAUAAAAAUAAAAAUGAAAAAAAAUUGCAAGAGUAAAUAAAAAAUUAGCAAAAUAUCUAUAACAAAAUGAAAGUAACUAUUACUGCCAAUCACAUAUAUAAUACAUUUCUUUACUUUAUAUCUAUAUAUAAAAGCUUAGAUAAGCUUAGAUAAUGCAAUUCGAUUUAAAUAUGAUCAACUUUUUUGAGAUGCAAAUUUAAUAACAGUCUUUUGUUAUUUAUAUCUAUAACUUUUAUAUUAGUGAUCUCUUUAUAUGAAAUACUGCCAUUACAUAGAAAUAUAUGAUAUAAUAAAUGCAAAAGUUUAAAAAAAAAUGUUUGAAUAUUUAAAAAUAUGCGAUUAAAUAUAUGUAUAUAAAAAGCACUUAAUAAUUCGAUUGUUUUUAUAUUUUAGUUGAACUAUUUAUUAUCUUAAGACUGAGAAAUGUGCUUUUUCAGAAUAUACUAUCUGCUAUUAUAAUAUUAAUAUCUAAUAUUUAUAGAUAAGUAUUAAAAAUAAAAAUAAUUAAAAUGGUCUUUGUAAUUAUCAAUUUUUUCACUUCAAUCAAAUAUCAAACAAAUGCAAUGACAUUUAUCAUAUCGAUAUUAUUAUCCUUUUCAUAAAAGGAUUGACAUUUUAUAGUACGUUAUGAUUGAAAUUAAAUAAGUAUUUAAAUUAAAAUAAAUAUACAAUUUUGAAAUGUAUAAAAUACAUAAAAAUUAUGAAAAUAUAAAAAAUUCAAUUAUAUCAAUCCAGAAUAAUGUUAUAAAAUGAAAAUUUUAUUAUUAAAUAAUUUAUAUAUGACAAAAAUAUAUCAUUAUAUCUGUUUAACUAAUUUUGCAACAAUUUCAUCAAUAUCAAGUAAAUAAAACUUGAUAAUGAUUCACACGCGCGCGCGCGCGCGCGC